ACAGCUGGAAAGUUCCUUCCACGUAACAAGGCGGAAGCAACAAAGAUGGCGGAGUGGGGCCGAGGCCCGAGCUCGGGGGCCGUAGAUGACAUGCUGGAUGCAGAGAACAAGCGGCUUGCAGACAAUCUGGCCUCCAAGGUGACAAGGCUCAAAUCGCUGGCAUUGGAUAUUGACAGAGAAGCUGACGACCAUAACAAGUACCUAGACGGCAUGGAUUCUGACUUCAUGAGCGUGACCGGUCUUCUGAGUGGGACAGUGAAGCGUUUCACAGGGAUGGCUCGGUCAGGACGGGACAAUCGCAAGCUGUUGUGCUACAUUUCAGUGGGGCUUGUGGGACUGUUCUUCCUACUUUACUUCCUAGCGUCCCGGGCCAGCACGUGAGGGCCGCUGUCCCUUCACACCACCCAAAAAAAAACAAAAGACAUUCCAAAUGCAUGGUGCCUGAUGAUCCAUAUCUGGUGAAGGGUCAGCAGCCUCAUGGUGAGGUUGAAGUGACAUGGCACUUUCAGACAUCCUCUCAAAAAGAAGAGCAAAUGAUAUAUGAACCAUUAUUCCUGGUUCCUGGCUCUUUCUGCUGUUUAAUAGUUCUAGGUUUUAUAUUUAGAAUACGCCAACAAUGUUCAUCAAGUUUCCUCCUUCCUAUCCCUUAUGCACUUUACGGAUCUAAAGGAGGGGGCCGUUCAAUACCAUGUAGGAGUUCAUUUGAAGAUUCAAAUAAAAAUUAUUUUUUUCCUAAAAUAUAUUAUAAAACAAUUAAGAAACCAGCACUCAGAUACUCGCAGGAAUUGGGUUAAUGUAUUUGAAAAAAGAUAAUUCUAUAUCAAAGUACUUUUUUAACCCAAAAGAAACUUGAAAGAAUGAUUUAUGGCUAGGCACAGCUCUUGAUGGCUUAGGGUUAUAAUGUACCUAAAUAUUAUGAGAUAAGUGUAUAAAGAAGGGAAGACAUAAAUGGCAGAGAUUGAAUUCAACUCCUAUAGACUUGUUUAAAAAGAUGUAGCCUUUUACCUCCUCUAAACCAGAGACUCUUGUAAGACACAUGAUGCACUUUACAAUAACGAUAAUGCCGACUGCAUCAGAUCUUCAAACCUCAGUAUGUGAAAUUUACCAAGUGCUAACUUAUGAAGAGUCUGUCUCUGAAGCUUUAAACGGUGCUGCGUCUGCAUUUCUCCCAGUUAGAUGGCUGUUAUUAAAAGAUUUGUGGUAAGCCACAUGCAAAAACCAUUAACUCGUUAUUAAAAGUUUAUGUGUAUUAAA